GUUUGCAACACUCUGACCAGGAAGUCUUAAAAUAACACUGUGCUCGCUCCCCGUGUCAUUUUUUGCAGGCUGCUCACAAUCGCACAAUGAGAGUUGUUUCAAAAUGAGUAAGAGGAAAGGCACAGAAAUCAGUGAUGCGACAGCUGUCAAGAGCCGCAGAGUGACAGCUGCAGGUAUCGAGGAUGCUCCAGAUGAUACCAAUCAUCACAGACCGUCUUACAGCAGCUACACUCCCUCCACCACAGGAGAAAUCGGCCUCAUCGAGAGCAUCACUCUGAAGAAUUUUAUGUGUCACCAUUUGCUUGGUCCGUUCCAGUUUGGGCCCAAUGUGAAUUUCAUUGUUGGCAACAAUGGAAGUGGAAAAAGUGCAAUCCUGACUGCUCUGAUGGUAGGCCUCGGGGGAAAGGCCACAGUCACAAACAGAGGAGUGUCUCUGAAGGAUUUUGUGAAAACCAAUGAGAAUGCUGCAGAUAUAACAAUAAAGCUGAGAAACAGAGGACCAGAUGCUUAUAAAAGGGACGUCUAUGGCGACUGCAUCUCCAUCGAGCACCGGAUCUUCAGUGAUGGAUCUCGGACCUGCAGACUGAAAAGCAAAUCAGAGCAACUUAUCUCAAGCAAGAAGGAGGAGCUGACUGCCAUUUUGGACCACUUCAACAUCCAGUUAGAUAACCCGGUGUCCAUUCUCAGCCAAGAAAUGAGUAAACAGUUCCUGCAUUCGAAAAGUGAAUCGGACAAGUAUAAGUUCUUCAUGAAAGCAACUCUGCUGGAACAGAUGAAGAGGGAUUACAUCCACAUCAAACACACUAAAACAGUGACACGGCAGCAGGUUGAGAGACAGGAGGAGUCUCUGAAGGACCUGAAACAAGAGUUCCUGCAGAAGAAGGAGAGGUAUGAAAAUCUGCCGUCCUUCAGUGAGAUGAAGGAGGAAUUGGAGAAUCUAAAGAAAAAGAUGGCAUGGUGUUUGGUCAGAGAAAAGGAGCAGCUUGUACAGCAGUUAAAGGAGGAUAUUGAAAAGGAAGCAAAUAAUUUCAAACAACAGGACAACCUUCAGCACUGUCAGAAUAAGGUCACACAAGUAGAGAGGAGGCUUCAGUGCGUCCAAAGCAGAGUUGAAAGCCUGAGACAGGAACAAGAGUCUCUAUCAGAGGACAGUCACAAGUUGAAAGAGCAAAUGAAGGUCAUCAGCAAAGUUCACAAGGAACAGGAGCUUGUUUAUUUUCGGGCUCUGAACAAACUCAAACAGUCGGAGCAGGAGCAGAACCUUCUUCAGGAGAAAAUUAACAAAGCAAAAAUAAGUGUAAGCCUGAACAAUGAUGGAGAGACAGAAUAUACAAAACAGCAGAAGAGGAUUUCCAGUCUGAAAGAGCAGCUUGCAGAGCUCGAGACAGAGUGCUCCCAGCUGAAUCAAGAGAUCAAAAACAAACAUCAGGCACUUCUCAAAGGGAAGGAAGAACGGGAUAAGCUCAGAAUGGAGGAGAGAAACAUCCAGGGUCUGUAUGAGUCCAAACUGAGGAGGAAGAAUCAGGUCCUCGCCAGCCGAUCAAACAAGCUGAAGCGGUUUGGAGAUCUUGUACCCGACCUGCUGGGUGCAAUUACUGAGGCUUACGCCACAGGACGCUUUCUAAAGAGACCUGUUGGCCCAAUAGGGGCGUGCAUCAGUUUGAAGGAUCCCAUGUUGGCUAUAGCUGUGGAGUGCUGUCUGCGCAGCUUCAUGAAGGCUUUUUGCUGUGACAACUACAAGGACGAGGCGGUCCUCCAGGAGCUGAUGUGUCGCUAUUAUCCAAAGGCCAACCGGCCGCAGAUCAUCGUCAGCCCUUUCUUUGAUAAAGUUUACAACAUUCAUGGACGGAAAGCACAUCAUCCUGAAUACCCGUCUGUGCUGGACAUAAUCACCGCAACGAGCCCGGUCAUCAUCAACUGCCUGAUUGAUAUGAGGGGCAUAGAGUCAAUUCUGAUAAUCAAAGAGAAAGAAAAAGCGCGGAGGGUCAUGCAGCAAGGCCGACCUCCUAAAAACUGCCGCGAAGCCUUCACCGCUGAGGGAGAUCAGGUGUUUCCAAACCGUUAUUACACAUCCGACUUCAGCAUAGCCAAAUAUCUCGGUGGGGAUCUUGAGACUGAAAUAAGUAUGUUGGAGUCAGACCUGGAGAAUCUCCAGGCUCAGCUGUCCAGGUUUCAGCUCCACGUGACCUCUGUGACUGAGGACAUUGUGAGCAUGGAGAGCAAGCUGAACAGCACCAUCAUGACCCUGAAGAAGAGUCUGGCCUCUGUGAAUCAAGUCAAGGCAGCAUUAACUGAGCUGGAGACUGCUGACGAGGAGCAAACUGAUGACAUCAGCUCCUUGGAAGAAGUUGCACAAGAGAACCAACAGAAAAUCGAGGCAGAAAAACAGACUGUUCAUGAGGCAAAAACAGAACUCGACAAACAUUGGAAAUCAGCCGAGGACAUAGAGUCUAAGUACUCUGCUGUUAGAGAACGGAUUGAUCAGCUUUCUGAAGACACAGAGCCCUUAAAGGAUGAGCAGAUGAAGCUGGAGGCUGAGUGCGCGAAACAUGAACGAACCCUAAAGAUUUUAGAAAACAAACUGACGACUCGUGAAGAAAACAUUCAAGCUAUGAAAAGCGACCUCACCUUCAGAGAAGAAGAAUUACAGGAAUAUGUGGCCAAAGCCACAGAGAUCAGUCCGGAGCGGCAGCAGGUGACCAGCAGCACCAAGAGCAUCGACACCGAAAUCACUCGGCUGAAGAGGAAACUCAAGGUCUAUGAGAGCAACCAUGGCGAGCAGGAGCAGGUGAUUAGGGAGUAUGCUGAGGCCCUCUCCCUCUACAAGGAGAAAACCAACCAAGUGAGAGAUCUGCGGAGAUUCAUCGAUCGACUCGAUAACAUCAUGUCAGACAGGCAGAACAGAUACAAAAUCAUGCGUAGGUCCCUCUCUGUCAGAUGUAAGUUAUACUUCAAUAACUUUCUGAUAAAGAUGAACUGCUGUGGCUCUAUGAUUUUUGAUCACAACAAUGAGACACUUUUAAUCUCGGUGAAGCCUCCGGGCAGGGAGGAUGACGGUGUGAGUGACAUGCGGUCGCUGUCGGGUGGUGAACGCUCCUUUUCCACUGUUUGCUUCAUGCUCUCCUUGUGGGAGAUCACCGAAUCGCCCUUCAGAUGCCUCGAUGAGUUCGACGUCUACAUGGAUAUGCACAAUCGCAGAAUCUCUCUGGAUCUCCUCCUGGAGCUGUCGGAGCGGCAGCACCUUCGACAGUUUAUCUUUGUCACUCCCCUCAGCACCAGCAAUUUACCUAAAACCAGCCUCAUCAAAAUCCACCAACUUCAGGAUCCGGAAAGAGUUCGUAGUGAAACAGUGGAUGAAGAUGUUUAAACUAAGAGUCAGUGAGAGAAGUAUAAGGAACAUUUAUGUGCACAUUUAUGUGUUUAUUUUUCAGUUUUGCUGUUUGUGUUUGCAAGUUACAAAUGUCAUUUCAUUUUUUUUUUUUCUGCAAUGAUUCGGAGAUUUGUUAUGAAACAUGAUAAUUGUGUUGUUACUGUAUGUUGCGUGGACAUGGAGGUAUGUAACUGUAUCCCAUUAAGCAUGUCAUUUUUGUCCUUUGACUGCCAAGUCAAUUUUAUUUAUUAUUUGGCACCAAAUUAUAACAAAAGUUCUCAUUUUAUUGCCAUUUUAUUAGUAGCUUUGGUCCCUGUUUACUUCCUGUCAGUUACUGCUUUAAAAAAACAUUUUAACAGGAAAUACUCUGGGACCCAUUUUGAAUAUUUAUGUCGUCAGGUUUCAAACAGUCCAUAAUGCACACAGUGGUUCUCACAUGAGCAUGCAGUUGGCAAUGACGCCGAGGAAAAACUUCCUCUUAGGAGGCAGAAACCUCAAACAGAGCCAGGAGGGGUGUGUUAAAGGAGCCUUUGGGGUGGCUAGCUAGACUCUUGAUUUUUAAGCCCUUUUUCCACUGCAUGAUUCUGCUAAGCUCAACUAAACUCACUUUUUGUAUGAGAUACUUAACGUUUUUUUGUUUGCCAAUGCAGAUACAACGUAGUUGUUUUUUUUUUAAUUUUAGCUGGAGUGUGGAGCUGUUAUGUUCCCCCUCUGGCAGUAAGAGUAAUUGUGCAAACACUAUUGACUUAAGACGUCUGCCGCAAGUGAGCUCGCCACAUCUUCCCCAUCCAAAUAUAUUUUUUACUGAAGUUAUUCAUCUGAACUCUGAGUUUCUUUUUAUCUAGAGUGUCCACUCCAGAAACUUUUCUUAGAUGUUUCUUAGCACAGAAAAGUUGCCACAGACAUUCGAUGCCACUUCUGUAUACUUAAAAAAAAAACAGAGCUUUCCCUGGCAGUGAUGGACUUAAUAAGCAUUGUGUGAACUCUUUUGGAAAGGGCUUGAAUGUAUCGGACAUUCUUUUAUAUGUAAAAGUCCGGCACUCCAGCUUUAACUUUUUCCCACACUGUCUGGAUUUCCUUUGGUUACCGUUUGCUGCCAGCUGUUGGUAGGCUUCUGCAAAGAUCUUCUAGUUGCGUGUUGCUCCAUCCAAGUAGCCAAACAGAGGAACAUCUGCACUGUGUGAAUCAACCACAGUGUGGUUUUGUGGGCUGCCAUUUUUAAAAAAUCUGGGUCAAGUAAAUAAAAAAAUUCUGGUUAUUUACGGCAGCUUUGCUUUUAAAAUAUGUCAGGUUUGUGCAGGAUGCCCAGGGUGUUCUCUGUGACCAAUCAGUGGUCUGCAGGGUUUUAACUCCACUUUCUAGUAUCAGCUUAGAAACUUACAGGUAUUAUCCAUAUUUAGCUAAUGGAAAACCAAAAAAAAAAAACGUGUCCCUGAGGGUCAAUCCGUGCUGUACACUGUGACCACACAAAGAGGCAUUAGUAACACAAAUGUUGUACGUUUAGGCAAUCUCAUAACAGAUUCUUUUAAGAUUGUAUUUACUGUAUUGUACCUGUUGGUCAAAGAGGAUGUUACUGUGACUGGGAAGUCACUGGUCUGAUUCACACCACAGCACUCUUAAGAAAGAGGACAGAUUUUUCAGUUCUCAGUUUAAACAAGCAGUGGUGAAUGAUGCAGAUGAAAACAAUGUUUGUGUGUCAAAAGUUGUGCACUAUACCACGUUUAAGAUUGCCGUGUAAUAAUUUGUUUAGUUGAGAUGUUGGCAUUUAACUUAUACGUUUUUACAAAAUACUGUUGCUACUACGAGCAUUAUAUGAUGAUCUAUUUGUUAUUUUAUUUUUUUGUCCUUUGUUUUUGCCUUUUCUGUUUAGAUUUUUGGGGCUUGUUGUAAAUUAUUGACUUGAUUAUCGUUUACUCGGUUUUCUGAAAUUAAUUUUUAUAUUAUAUUUUGAGUGUCGUAGUUGAUACUAUGACUUUACAUGUAAUGUGUUUUGAACAAAUUAACGGUAUAUUUCAAAAUGUUACACUGAAAAUUAUUGCUAAUUUUGUUUAGUUUUACCUCAGAAGUCUGGUACCAGGGAGGAAGAUUUUUUCUGUAUGAACCAGGACUCUACUAAACCUGUCAGUGUUAGUAUUUUUACAGUUUGCUCCUAAAUUGAUGAUAUUUUGGCUCCGUGACGUAAAUUUGCUCACAGUUACUCUUGAGUCCUCUCCUCUUAGCAGUAGUUAAUUGUAUCUUCUGCAAAGAAUCAUCACCAUUUUUGCAUUUAAUUUUUGAUUAUCUCAACACUUUUGUAUUGGUCAUACUUUUCAUAAAUACAGGGCUCUGCA